CGGGUUUCGGUUCUGAGCUGAGUUCUGUUUCUGUCCCGUGUUGUCUGGACGAGCUGCCUGUCCCUGCUCCUCCUCCUGCUCCUCCUGCUCCUCCUCCUGCUCCUCCUGCUCCUCCUCCUGCUCGGCCCCGCGGAGGAGCUCCUGCUGCAGGUUGACGACCGGACGAUGAUGAACAUGGAGCUGAAGCCGUGCGUCGAGUACCACGACCUGGAGGCCGCCGAGGCGCUCGUCAGCAUGAGCUUCUGGGGUCAAAGGUCGCACAAGCCCCGCCCCCUGACCCCCACCUCCGACUCCUGUGACUCCAUCCAUCUCCACCAGGAGGGGGGGGACGCUCCCAAAGACCUGAUCGCCCUGUCGUCACUGUGUAUGACUCCUCCUCACAGUCCAAGCUUCGCCGAGGCCUCCACCACCACCACCUCCGCCCUAAGCCCCGCCUCCAGGCCAGUCUUACCCCGCCCUGUCCUCGGCGCCGGCCCCGCCCUCUUCCUCAGUGACUCCUCCUCCUUCGCCGCAGACACCUCAGCACUUCCACCUCAGAUGGAGUCGUCCUGCGCGGCUCCGCCCAGCAGAGCGAUGCUCACCAGCGUCAUCCGCCACACCGCCGACAGCCUCAACAUUCCUCCGCCCGCCACACAGCCGACAGAAACCUCCACGCCGCCUCCGCCGGGAGCUCCACGGACUCUUCCGGAGGAGAAGGAGGGCGCUCCUCCGUCACCUCCUCCUCACUCCUCCCCGCUGUCUUCCUCCUCCUCUUCCGCUCCGGUCUCCUCCUCUCCGGUCCUCUGCCAGGUUUUCCCGGUGAGCAGCCGGACGGGGAUGAUCUCCGCCUUCGUCCAGGCCCCGGUUCAGGUGCAGACUGCGGGGGGGCCCACGACCCUCCUGCCCCAGACCCCCCCCGGCUUCGCUCAGCCUCUGCUGGUGGGCUCCGCCGUGCCUCAGGGGACCGUGAUGUUCGUGGUCCCCCAGGCGUCCAUGUCCCAGGCGCCACAGGGCCCUCAGACUGUCAUGACGCUGGGCAACACUAAGCUCCUCCCCCUCGCCCCCGCCCCCGUCUACAUGCCAACGGGAGCGAGCGGCGGCGUCUCGCAGGCCGACUUCUCCCGCAGACGGAACUACGUCUGCAACUUCCCCGGCUGCAAGAAGACCUACUUCAAGAGCUCCCACCUGAAGGCUCACCUGCGCACACACACAGGUGAGAAGCCGUUCAGCUGUCACUGGGACGGCUGCGAUAAGAAGUUCGCCCGCUCAGACGAGCUUUCCCGCCACCGCCGCACGCACACCGGCGAGAAGAAGUUCGUCUGCACCGUGUGCGACCGGCGCUUCAUGCGCAGCGACCACCUGACCAAACACGCCCGGCGGCACAUGACCGCCAAGAGGGCGUCGUCGUGGCCCGCCGAGACCCGGGACCUCCACAAAGUGGCCCUGCCCAAGGGCCCGACCAUGGGCCCCGCACUUCCUGUCGGCAUGCUGGUCUCCACCGCCAACUGACAGACUCAGUCCGGAGCCUCACAGGGCGACUCAGGACCCCCGAGGGCGGGGCUUAAACUGUGACUGUCAAUCAGCUCCACAUCAGGAGGAUCUUUUCUACAAAUCAUAAUCUGCUGGUGAACAAAAGUGAAGACGGCCGCUGAGCUCCGGCUGCGUCUACAUUCACCUCAUCUUCAACGUGAAGACGGCCAUCAUCAGCUGUUUCCUGUUAGCUUGUAUUUUGAAAGGGAACCGUUAGCAGGAUAAAAAAAGAGAUUCUUAGCACACAGAUCGUCCUGAAGGUGGCGCUAGAGGAAAGGUUGUGUUGUUAAUCUUCUGUACGGUGGCCUGAGUAGGACAUCUCCAGAAUCACCUCCCAUCAGGCUCAGCUGUGCUUUGAGCCGGAUGCUAACGUUAGCAUUUUAGCAUGACAUUGUGAACAUGUCCUGCUACGUCAACAUGCUGAUGUUUAGCAUAUAAACAAGCUCACAGUUAGCAUGUUAACGCUUAGCUAGUUGGCCAACUUUAAUAUGCUGAAAUCUGUACAGUUAGCAUGCUAACGUUAGCAUUUAGCUUGGAAGUCAUUCCUUAGUUUUAGAAUCAUGGAACUGAGAUUAGUUAAAGUUCAUGUUCUAGAAGCCGGAUGUAAGUUUUAGUUUCGCUUUUGUUUUAACAUCUCAAACCAGGAGUCGCACCAUUUUAAAGUUUUCAUAAUUCUGGUAAUAAGCGUACUUUUACCUCAUAAUCUGAGGGAACAUGUAAACAGAUUUGAUCACUUGGUUUGCGUUUUUGAUGCGUUUCACGACUCAGAAAUGAGAAUAAAGGGAACUAAAAGAAAUAAAAUCGAGAUGUUCUGAGGUGAUGUAGACGAAGCCGGAGCGAGUGACCCGAUCUGCUCAGGACAUUUUAUUCCCAACAAACUCAACGAGGAGGAGGAGGAGGAGGAGGAAGAGGAGGAAGAGGAGGAGGACGAAGGCGACAGGCUGCUAACUCAUCCACGGACAGAAACCAACAAAAACCUGACAUUGCACUGGAUUUUUUUUAAUCUUGCUUGAUUUUGUACUCUCUCUCUCUCCGUGUAUAAUCAUGUUUACUUCAUGUGUAAAUGUCACGUUUAGCAAAAUGUAUGCACUCUUUUUAUUAUGUUUGCCAAAGCCUCUGUAAUCGUGCUUCUAUUAUUAGCCGACUUCUGUUCGUCUGUGACUGUAAAUACUGUAAAUAUAUUGAUAUCUAUAUGAAUGUUAACGUGUAUUCCAACCUGCAUUUAUUGACAGUACGAGUUAUUGAUAUUUUUUAAGAUGUCAGUGGACGGUAUUCCUCACUGUGAUACUACCUACUUUCUUUGCUUUACACACUAUAAUUAUUAUUUAAUAAACAUUUGUGGAGGACAAA